AUGGAUCACUCGUCCAGCCAGCCUGGCUUGCCUGGCGCGGCGCCGCUCCAACCAAUAUCCCCCGAUCGCGUCAACCACCAGCGCGAGAACGAAAACCCGAUGCUUUCUUCCGUCCGAACCAGCCAUCGUGACAGCGAUGUACUCGAUAAGAUUCGCCAGUUCAACCACCUGUCAUCAGUCUCCAUGUCCAAGCAGCUCGAGCGCAAGACAGCCGAUGCCGCCCUCAAACGCGCCAUGCUAGGACGCGAGGAGGCAGAGUCCGAGAUGCGCCGGUAUCGAGACGAGGCCCGCGCGCUGCGUAGACAGGUCGACGAUGGUCGCGAACGAGAGCGCAAAGUUGGCGAAAGACUGGAAACCGUAAUGGAGAGCUAUGGACGAGCGAAAGAAACAUACUCGCAUACGCAAGCCAUAUGGGAGAAGGAGAUCCGGCGAGCGCGCAAGGAGACCUUCAAGUCACAAUCGUCCAUCGUCAAGCUACAGGAGGAGGUCAAAGUAGCGCGAGCCUCAUCCAAGUCGAUCGAAGAGCGUCUCGAACGCGAGAAAGAGCUUAGCAAAACCAGAGAACAGGAAGCCUUCGCUUCAAGGUAUCAGCUCGUGGGUCUCCAAGAGCAGCUAGAGAAGGCUCUCGAGCGCAUCAAGUUCGUGGAAGAGGAGCGUGAUGCUUUCAAGGCUGCUGCUCAGAGCGAAGAGGUUGCCAGAAUAGCAGCCGAGGGCCGUCUCCCACUGCCCCCGGAGGAACCCAAUACCGAGUUCGCAUCGCCGAAGAAGCCAAGAGUGUCGCUCUCGACAAUGGACAUUGUAUCAUCCGCCGCUAGCGAAGACGAGAUCGACGAGCUGACACGGCUGUGGCAAUGGGAGAGGCGGAGAGCGGACCGAACCCAAGAACAUCUGGAGUUCGUACAGGCAGAAUGCCAGAUGUCUUGUUGUGCAGGCUCCAGGUCUCGUCGUCCACGACGAAGUACUGUGGCUUCUGUGCGCAAAGAGCGACCUGGGCCCAUUGCCAUUGUGGACCCGGCAGACCUGAUAAUUCUAGGCAAGAAACCAGAGUCACCGGCGCCGUCUCCGGUAGCAGCGCAAGACUCUCGGCAAUCCCCAGCAGAUACCGCGCAAGCUGAGUCUGCUGAGCUAGUUGAGCCAGUUGAGGGGUUAGGAGCACCCGAACCGACCGAGCCAAAUGAGACGGCUGUCGAAGAAGUGAGCAAACAGGAGGAGGCCCAGGAGCAAAAAGGACCAAGGCGAGGAACCGUCUUUCUGCCAUCGGAGGGAACCUUUCGAACGCUCUCGCAACACGAACUAGAAGCCAUGGAGAAGAUCGAAGAAUCCGCUCCUGGACCACUCACUCCCGUCAGUUCGCACCCAAACCCUGACUAUUACUCUCGAACACCCUCUGUCGACCCUCCAACGUUUGCCUUGAUGGUACAGGAAAGAACAUCCCUUCUAUCCCUCCUCAACGCCCCACGUGAAAGCGAUUCUCACUGCACUGUCAUCGACACAACUGCUACACCGGGCGAUGACCCAUCCUGUGAUACCGACACGGAUGCGGGUGAAGAGGCAGAUGAGCCUGAAGUAGAGUCGCCCGCCUCGUCCGUACGUCCAGACUCCGAAACUGCUGAAACACGUCCUCAUACCUCCGCAGCCUUCUACACGGUGACCACGACGACCAGCAUCCCCAUCCGGGACGUUAAGAUCGACCCGCACACGAUCGCGGUCAUACCGGCACACCACCACGGCCCCCGCGUCCCCUCGUUCGACGUCAACAACCCAGCGCUGACGCCGACCAUGACCCGCGAGCAGGCGCUGGCCCAGAUCAAGGAGCGGCGCGGUAGAGCCAGGAGCGCGGCCCAGGGCGCCAUGACGCCGCGCAAGCAGAUGAUGGGCGGCGUGGGCGUUGAGCGUAGGGACGUCAGCGCACCCGCCGGCCGGGCCGCCAAGGGGCGGACCUAG